AUGGGCCUUCUCUUUGUCUUGUCCUUCUCAGCUGCUCUCCUUUUCCUAGGAGCGCACAGAGACUUCCUGGGAAGCAACUGGCUGCUUCUACAGAGGGAUGCAAAAACACCCCUGUCGAGGCAGCAGCAGCAGCAGCAGUGGUGGCGCCUACAGGAGGUAGACUUCCUGGAGGAGGCUAUACCAGGUCACUGCGCAGAUAUCAUUGCAGGGGAUCCAUCUGUUCCGCACUCAAGACCAUUUAUGGCUGCCUUAAUUAGAGGAAAUAGUUUUAUGUGUGGAGGAACUUUAAUCAGAAGAAACUGGGUGCUAACAGCAGCUCAUUGCGAGAUAGGCAAGGGAGACACAGUUAUCCUUGGUGUUCAUUCACUCUCAAACCCUGAGAGAGAAAAACAGACCUUUCAGAUUACUAAUGUAUAUAUGCAUCCAAAGUUUAACAGGACAACAAUGGAAAAUGACAUCAUGGUUUUGCAGCUUAAUAGAAAUGCAAAGCUUAAUCGAUUUGUACAGACCAUUCGGCUUCCCAGGACUUAUGAGGAUGUCAGAGCGGGCACACAGUGUUUAGUAGCUGGAUGGGGACUUACUGAAAAUGGCAGGGAGGUAUCUGAUACGCUGCAUGAAGUUAGUGUCACUGUCACAGACAGGCGCAUCUGCAACGACAAGGAGCACUAUAAUUCCAAACCUGCCGUGACAAUGAACAUGGUGUGUGCUGGUGGCAUCAACAACCAGAGGAAUGAUACCUGUAAUGGUGACUCUGGUGGCCCUUUGAUAUGCAGGGGGAUACAAAGAGGCAUUACUUCUUUUGGUGAACCAAAAAAAUGUGGUUAUCCCCAGUUUCCAGGUGUCUAUACUCGUCUCACAAAGGACUACGUUGAAUGGGUUAAGAAAGAGACAGAGAGAAGGUGA